GCUGCUGCUGCUGCCUCUGGAGCGCUCAGUGCUGCCGCAGCAGCAGCAGCAGCAGCAGCAGCAGCUGCUGCUGCCCUCCAGUCCCACCAACCCCCCUUUGGGAGCUCUGGCAACUCCACUCCCAAAGAACACCCUGGAGCGUCGACACAACAACCACCCCGCGAAGAAGGCGGCUCCGCAUGCCUCUGCAGCGCCGCCUCUGCGAGCACUCCCCGCGAAAAGGAGGCUUCCUGUCUGCGAGAGCAGCGUUCAGCAGCUGCAGAGACACAUCUCAAACGGAAGUUUCUCUUUCGCGCAGCAGCAACAGCAGCAACAGCAGCAACAGCAAGGAUGGCACUUCGUGAAGUCUCGUCUAAGGGAAACUCCCAACGCGCCACAGCAGCGAGGGGGACGCACGACACCGCCAACAGUACUACUGGCAGCAGCAGCAGCAGCAGCAGCAGCAGCAGCAGCAGCAGCAGCAGCAGCAGCAGCAGCAUUAGUAGUAGUAAAGGCGCACCGCCCACACAUGCGCCAACGAAGCGCUCAGGUGUCUCGAGCAGCAGCAGCAGCAGCAAGGCGGAGGCUGCAGUGAAAGACACGAAGAACUGCAGCAGCAACAGUGGAAGCAGCAGCAGUGCAGAGGUGAGGAAGAAGAGGCGGAAACAAGCGUUUCUGACGACUAAAAAGAGGCGUAAAACGAGCAGUAGGGGUGCUGGUAGUGCUGGUGCCGGAGGAAGCAGCAGCAGCCGCAAAGCAGCAGCAGCAACGACGACGAGAGUCUCCCGAGAGUGCCGCAGCGCCAGUGCGAACAGCAGCAGCAGCGGGAGCAGCAGCGGGAGCAGCAGCAGCAGCAGCAGCAGCAGCAAAGAAGAGGAGGAGCAGCAGGAGAGCGACGAGGAGGAGCAGCUUUCGCUGCAGCCUUGGCCUCCUACGGCUGGCGAUUUAAGGGAACCAAGCUGCAGCAAACUUCGUUGUCUGUGGCAGCAGCAGCAGCACCAGGAUGCAGCGGAUCGGAGACUCGAGGCACUCUUCGAAGCGUUUUGCAGCAGUGCUGUGGCUGCGCUCCAGCGUCUUAAGGAUAGGCUUGCAGCAGCAGCGACGAGUGCUCCAGCAGCAGCAGCAGCAGCAGCAGCAGCAGCAGCAACAGCAGCAACAGCAGCAACAGAGGAGCUGCCGCACAGUCUGCAGCAACUGAAGAAUGAGCUGAACGUGGCGCAGCUUGCGUCUGCUGUCUUGCACGUCUUGCCUCCUAGCGCUCGUGGAGGAAGGCAGGCGAAAAAGAAAACUCAACAACAGCGUCUCCAGCAAGAAAAGCAGCUUCUCCUGCAAGACGCAGUCGCAGAGACUCCAGAAACGCAAGAACCCAGCAUUCCGCAAACGCCUGUCUGCACAGGAGAUCCUCAGCAGCAGCAGCAAAAUGCAGAGGAGCCCAUGCAGCAAGACAUGCACUCCAAACAGCAGCAGCCCCCCUCGGGUGCUGUUGCUGGAGGUGUCAUCCGUCGCUCCCAAGCUUUUCUGCAAUUUUGCGCGGAGUUUUCGCAAACAGCGGAGGCAGCGGCAAGCGCUGCAGCGACAGCUGCUAUCGACUUGAAGAACUGCACAGGAAGGGCGUCCUCUUCCAGUGAUAUGAGCGCUGCAGCGGAUGCUGCAGCGGAUGCAGCAGCAGCAGCAGCAGCAGCAGCAGCAGCAGCAGCAGAGGCGUCCGAAGGCUCCUUUCCCGCUCUUGGCGGUGCCAGUGCACCUGUCUGGGAGUGGGAAGACAUAGGCGGAGAGGAUGAUGCUACUGCGUCUACAGCUGCAGCCUCAGACAUGAUGCAGCGGCUAUUGCAGCGGCUGUUUACGCUGCUUGGGCGGAAAGCUAGUCCACCCUUUAGACCGGCGCGAUCGCUUCGCAGGCUUCUGCAGGAUAGGGGAGAGGCUGAUCUUCUGCUGCCGCUCAGACCUUUUUCUGAAUCUUCGGAGGCUCCUACAGACUGGACGCAUCUCAAGCCAGUGCAGCGUCUGCGAUUUAUGCGUGCUCUCAUAUCGCUAGUUCUCUCGGAGAGCCCUCAGAUCGCUCGGCACAUCAGGGAGAAGGGGAGUGAGGAAGCUCCAAAUUGCGAAGGUUUUGUUGGCGAAGACGCCAGAGGUAACUUGUACUGGCUUGUCACGCAACAGGGAGAUCCAGCUGUCUUCAAACUCUACCGAGAGGAAGCGGCGUAUCGCCGCUUUGAAGUCUUGAGUGAAGAUCUUUCCUCUCUGGAGGCUAUUGCAACGAGUUUGGAAGCUGAGGAAGGGAUGUUUGAUCUUUCCCAACAGCUGCUUCAGCAGCACCAGCUGUUGCUGCAACAGCAGCGUCAGCGCAGCAGAGAAGAGCGACGGCGAAAAGCUGUCGAGAGGCAGUUGGAAACUGCUCAGUGGGGAGUUGUGACGGGGCGUCGUGAGCGAAAGCCAGUGAAUUACUUGGAGGUAGAGGGUGAGGUGGAAAGCAGUGCCAGCAGCAGCAAGCCAGUCAACACUGCAGUUACUCGGGAGGAGCGUUGGAGGGCCAGGCUUGAAAGAAAGGUGCGUGGCAGCGCGUGCAGCUAG